AUGGUGCAUGCGCACCGGUCUGAAACAAUGACGGAUAUCUACGCGGUUGCCCAGAACCUCAUCGAGGAAUUACGGACGAAUCUUGGAGAGCUGAGACGCUCGCCAGACGUUCAGGCGCGCCUUCAGCGCAGAGUCGUCCGAAAAAUAGGGGCAGAGCGUGCGAGAUGUCACGGCCACUGCUCAGGCCUCAAGAGCACUGUUGAGAAGCCACGUUUCUGCUUUUUGCCACUGACCACGGCACCAACGACACACAUCGAGUUUUCCCAUGAUUUUAGCCGCAAUGAGGAUGCGGUUACCAAGCUCAACAGCAAUGCCACUUUGACCACUGUGACAGCAACCCCAGGCCCACGAAGCUGCUCGCGCUCCACGGUGUCAAGGGCGAAACCCCCCAGCAGCACGUCCCUACCAUCAAACGACACCACGGGAGCUGUGCUCACCACUCGCCCCGAAAUCCUAGCUUCACAGUCUAUCAAGGCGGCCAAAGAGCAAAACUCACAAGCCCGAGAACCAGCGAGUCACGUCAAACAUGUAACCUCGGCUGGGGAGCCGAGGACGGGGGGUGGGGCGGGCGCUGCCACUGCUGCUUCAUCAGAAGCCCACACGGAUUCAGCUACAAGGGCAUGGUGCAUACCCUUCUCGGGAGCCUCGCGGGCGCUGAUUGAUCUGAGGCGACUCACCCCGCUCGCACGGCAGCUCUACACCGACAUGCAGCGUCGCGCUGCGGCCAUGCCAGCUGCAUCGCCAUCGGCCGAGUGGCGUCGCCGCACGGCGGGUCCACAGGACGCCGAGGUGCGCCGCGCGGUGCGGGACUACCUCUAUCGCAUGAACAUCAUCUCUGUCAUGGAGGCCGAAGACACAUCCGUGACGGCGCCUCACGUCUUCAGAGACGCCGUCUUGAACGGGACUGCGCUGUGCCAGCUUGUCGCGACCCUUAGAGAGGGCGGCGAACCAACGCUUUCUGAUCCAGUUCUGUGUCGCUGCCCCUGCACACUCGACGAAGUGCGCGUGAACUACGCGGUAGCGCUUGCUGCCCUGCGUAGCACCCCGAGCACAGCGCAAGAGCUGAUGCCACGUGCUGCUUGGACGAUGACGCCGGAGGAGGUUUACCUGCGCGCCUCUCCGACGGCGUUGCUCUCUCUCUUCGUGCACCUCAUUUCCACCUACCUGCCCGCUCCAGAGGAGCUGCCUGUAUGGAAGCAGCACAUGUGCUGGCAGCCGCCCGCCGACACUGCCGACUACGCGCCUGUCCCACCCGCCGAGCUUGUCGCCAUAGAGGCGGGAUGCUGCAGUUUUCUGCACGCAUGGGGAGCGCUGCCUGACGGCUCUGUUUACCAGUUGCCUGGGGACGAGUGCCUCCUACCCAUCGCGACGGCCGCGCCGUACAUGGCGAAGUGGUCCGGAUUCGUAGCUCGGCCUGUGGCGCCGUCGUCUAUCAGUGUGCCGUCGGUGUGGCCAUUCCUAUGCAAUGGCGUGCUGCUCGUGCUGCUUGCUCGGCGCAGCGGGCUGGAAGCGGUGGCGAUGGAGGCUGCCUCAACCCCCGCUGUGCAGCCCUUCUUCGCGAAUCCCCGCACCGUCGCCUGCUGCGUUGCCAACAUCACCAACGCCCUGCACAGUUUUCAGACUGCAUCGAAAAAGUUGCCGCUAUCAUUCCUCUCCGAGGAAUCCGUGGCGGCUGUCAUCAGAGGUGAUCGGGUGCACAUCCUCCAUCUCCUCCUGCACGUACGUGCUGCUGUGGAGGGCACAGCACAGCCACUUGAUGUGCACUCUGCGCUGCUGAGCAAGGAUACAGUAGCGGAAGCAGGCUGCACGCCUGCCAAGGUCUCGAGCCGCGCACCCGACGGUGAAGCUGCCGGGGCAUCGUCGUCAUUUUCGUGGUCGCCAGCUUCAUUGGCGCAGACGCCGUCCACUGUCGCUAAAGCCGCUCUCCGCCCGAGUGCGUCGCCGCUACCAGCACACCGCUCGUUGAGCCUCUGUCGUGUCCCGGCCAUCACGAGCAGCAGCUCUGGUAUUCUCCGUCCAGAGGCAGUGCCCGCAGACGAGCCACAAGGCCGUGGCGGACUAUGUGGGUGGCUGCGCCAGCAGCUGGGGACCGAGUAUCGCUACAUCGCUGCGGACGAGUCCUUUGUCUUUGACGCUGCCACGUUCUCCUGGCGGCACCCAUGCCUGCUCUUCUCCGACGGCGUUGUUCUCGCCUACCUGAUUGGGCGAUUGGAGCGCCGCCGCUGCUCGUUUCUUGACUGUGUGCAGCCCACUUCCAAGAAGCCAGCGAAGCUCUUCAACGUGCGGCGCUGCCUCGAAUUCCUCCGUUUCAAUGCCGGCGUUCUCUUCGACGUCCCCUUGCUGGACGAGGCACUAACGGAAGGUAGGGUGGAGGGUGUUGUAUCCGUGCUGCAGGGGAUGCGCCGCCAUUACUGCUUGACGAACGUGCGACGCUCACACCAUAACGCAUGA